AUGCAUGAGUCCUAUCACUCAUCCGGUAACAUCUCCGUGGAGACCCGAGCUGCUGCACCGCGAUGCAAUGUCAAGGGCUAUCAGAAAAGCGGCAAUCCGUACAAGAUCUUGACAAGACUUUCCGAGACCACUUGUUGCCAGAAGUGCAAAAACGACCCUAACUGCGCGAUGUAUGCCUAUGGUACCUCCAAGUGUUGGCUGUACAAGAAGGCCUCCGUAUCGCAGAAUGUCCGCAUCGUCCGCAACUCGAAGUACAAGUUCUCGGAUCGAGCCUGUGCCAACUCCAAAGCUACGACGACCUCGCGACGUACCACCACUACGAGGAUCUCAACCACGACUCGCGCUCCAACUACCACCACAGCGACUACCGCGCCAGACGCAAGUGCACCGACAACUUGCGACAAUCAAGGUAUUGACUGGACCUUCUACGAUGAUGGUGCAAACGGCAACUUUGAUCGUCUCGAUCUUGACAGUAUGCGCUCAUUCAAUCGGUAUAGUGCAUCUGGUGUGGAUACCACUCUCGGUGGCUAUGUUACUGGUGACGACUGGGACCAGCAGUUCUCGGUCUACGGUAUCUCAAAUUAUAACCAGGACUUCUCUGUCAAGCACACCGGAUGGAUCUGGGCACAAACAACUGGAGCUUACGUAUUCGACAUGGGUAAGCCAGACGAUGUAUCGCUGCUUUGGGUCGGUGACAAGGCCCUGCAUGACUGGACUGAAUCAAAUGCCGAACUGCGAUCUGCCUUCUUCGACAGCCAACCGAAGACAUACAUCGCACAUCUCAAUGCCGGGCAAUACUACCCGUUCCGGAUCGUUUACAAACAGUACGGCGGCCCAGGAAGUUUCGAUCAUGCUACUAUAACGGAUCCUCGAGGCAAUGUCAUCCUAUCUCAAGAUUCUGUAUCGUCUCCGUACCUGGUACGAUACUCCUGCGACAGGACCACAGCUCCGAGAAUGGUGGACUUUCCGGAGAUUACACCUCAGGAUGGCUCUACUACGACCACGAGCCCUGCUUUGGGUGAUUCUACAAUCACUUCCUCUGCCACUGUGGCGGGUGACCCGACCACGCAAACCAGCGAACCAUCUCGCACUACCACCGGUCUUGACUCAGGUUACACACCAGGAACAUGCCAGAACGAAGGCCUGGAUUGGACGGUGUACACCAACCAGAUGCAGCCAGACCUCAACCUUGAAGCAAUGCGAGACUACUCUGGACGCUCCUAUGGUGUGACCUCAGCCCUCGGAGGGUUCUUCCGCCAGGAUGGAUUUAUACAGGCUUACAGGGAGUUUCUGCCGCCCACCGCUAUUGGCAUCAAACACCUGGGGUACAUCUAUGCUAGAGUCUCAGGGGAAUACGUCUUCAACUUUGGCAUCCCCGAUGACCGGGCAAUGCUGUGGAUCGGCGACAAGGCAGUUUCGGGCUGGGACGAGUCGAAUGCGGACAUAGACGCGAGGCUUGGCGAUGAAUCACCCAAAGAAUUCCGCAAGCAACUGACAAAGGGCCAGUACUAUCCGAUACGGAUAGUCUGGGCCCAAGGAGAUGGGGACGCCGACUUCAAGCCGGCGAUUCUGGAUCCUCAGGGCAAUAUUCUACUGUCGGCCAAGAGUGAUACGUCACCCUUUGUGGUUCGGUACUCCUGCAACGGUUCGGCUCCUCCCAUCAAAUUAUAA